AUGCCUGUGCAACAGCAGACCCGAGCUGGUCAGUGGACCAGGUUCAAGGCGUUUGUUGCCAUUGGAGAUUACAACAGACAUGUUGGCUUGGGUGUUAAGUGCUCCAAGGAAGUAGCCACUGCCAUCCGUGGGGCCAUCAUUCUAGCCAAGCUCUCCAUCGUCCCUGUGCGGCGAGGCUACUGGGGGAACAAGAUUGGCAGGCCUCACACUGUCCCUUGUAAGGUGACUGGCCGCUGUGGCUCUGUGCUGGUGCGCCUCAUCCCUGCCCCCAGGGGCACUGGUAUCGUCUCUGCCCCUGUGCCCAAGAAGCUGCUGAUGAUGGCUGGUAUUGAUGACUGUUACACUUCAGCCAGGGGCUGCACGGCCACCCUGGGUAACUUUGCUAAGGCCACCUUUGAUGCCAUCUCCAAGACCUAUAGCUAUCUCACCCCUGAUCUCUGGAAAGAGACAGUGUUCACCAAGUCUCCAUACCAGGAAUUCACUGACCAUCUUGUAAAGACCCACACCAGAGUCUCUGUGCAGAGGACCCAGGCUCCAGCUGUGGCCACCACAUAG